AUGGACUCCGUGGAUGCCACUAUGGAGAGGCUGCGAGCACAGUGCCUGUCCCGAGGCACCUCAGGCAUUCAGGGCUUGGCCAGGUUUUUCCGUCGCCUGGACCGGGACGGGAGCCGGUCCCUGGAUGCCAGGGAGCUCCGACGGGGCCUUGCAGAGCUGGGGCUGGUGCUGGACAAGGCAGAGGCGGAAGGUGUGUGCAGGCGCUGGGACCGCGAUGGCAGCGGGACCCUGGACCUGGAGGAGUUUCUGCAGGCACUGCGGCCCCCUAUGUCCCAGGCCCGGAAAGCAGUCAUCUCAGCUGCCUUCGCAAAGCUGGACCGCAGUGGGGAUGGUGUGGUGACUGUGGAUGACCUCCGUGGGGUGUACAGUGGCCAUGCCCACCCCAAGGUUCGGAGUGGAGAGUGGACAGAGGAGGCCCUCCACUGUUUCCUGGACACCUUUGACGCCUCUAACAAGGAUGGGCAGGUUACACUGGCAGAAUUUCAGGACUACUACAGUGGCCUCAGUGCUUCUGUUGACACAGACGAGGAAUUCGUGGCCAUGAUGACCAGUGUCUGGAGGCUGUGA